CCACUCACAAAGCCUGCACCAUAUUUUAUGACCAGACCUUAGUCUUCCUCUAACUUCCUUUGUCCCCAAUUGACGCUUUACUCACUCACUCCCUCACUCCCUACUCGCUCUCCGCCACCCGGGUGGCGCGUCAGUCUCAACUGCCGCAUUUUCAUCGGCUUCUUCACGCGAUCAUUGUACAGAGCAUAUACAAAUGAGUUCGAAAAGAGGGAGUGCGAGACCCAAAACCAUGGCUAACAAUGAUAUGUCCAAAGGGAAGAGCAUAUCCGAAUCUCAGCCUAGUAUUGAUCAGUUGACUCAGAGUGUUGCUGACACCAUGCUAAACUCAGGACAAGAUGAUGGUGAAUGGGAGGUAUAUGCAAAGAAAUCCAAGAACAGAGGUGGAAGCAGCGCUGCAAAGCCAUGGGGGGCGCCAGCCCAUAAUUCUAAUCCCAAGGCUUGGGUGAAUGCAGAAAUGGCUCAAAAGCCAGGCAUCUGGAAUCAUGGUGGAGUUGGAAGAUCUUCUGGAAAUUCCUGGCAGACACAAAAUGCCAACUUUAGGAGACCAGCUGGCAGAGGAAAUGGUAGGCCUCAGUCAGCAACAAGUGGAUAUGAAGGCAACUAUGUGCCUCCAAAUCCCUUAAUUCGGCCUCCACUUGAGCAUGGCUGGAAUUGGCAAUCUAGACCUGGUGCAAUACGGCCAAAUGUAAGGGAUGAAAUUGCACCUGAAGACCUUGAACAGAAUAAUGAUGUUGAUGAUGAUGAUGAUGAAGAGGAGGACUCAGAUGCUUUGGAAGAUACGGAUGAUGAUCUAAUGAGUGAUGACUAUGAUUCUGAUGUUAGUCAAAAGAGCCAUGAGACACGUAAAAAGAACAGAUGGUUUAGGAAGUUCUUUGAGAAUUUGGAUGGCUUGACUGUUGAACAGAUAAAUGAACCAGAAAGACAGUGGCAUUGUCCAGCUUGUCAAGGUGGUCCUGGAGCUAUUGAUUGGUACAGAGGACUGCAGCCCUUGGUGACUCAUGCCAAAACAAAGGGAUCAAAAAGGGUGAAGAUUCACAGAGAACUUGCUAUACUUUUGGAUGAGGAAUUACGCAGGAGGGGUACUUCAGUAAUUCCAGCUGGGGAGGCAUUUGGAAAAUGGAAAGGUUUGAAACAAGAAGAAAAAGAUCACGAAAUAGUUUGGCCUCCAAUGGUUAUCAUUCAAAAUACGAAGCUUGAACAGGACGAAAAUGAUAAGUGGAUAGGUAUGGGUAACCAAGAACUUCUUGAUUAUUUUAGCACAUAUGCUGCUGUUAAAGCUCGCCACUCCUAUGGCCCACAAGGUCAUCGUGGGAUGAGUGUUUUGAUAUUUGAAGCCUCAGCCAGUGGCUAUCUAGAGGCAGAGCGUCUGGACAAGCAUUUUACAGACCAAGGAACUGAUAAAGAUUCUUGGUUCAACCGCCCCAAUUUAUAUCUCCCUGGGGGGAAGCGCCAGCUCUAUGGUUACAUGGCUACAAAAGAAGAUCUUGAAUUUUUCAAUAGGCAUAGCCAAGGUAAAACAAGACUCAAAUUUGACAUGAGAUCAUAUCAGGAGAUGGUUGUACACCAAAUUCGCCAAAUGAAUGAAGACAACCAACAACUUCUAUAUUUUAAGAACAAGGUUGUGAAAAAAACUAAACACACGAAAGCUCUUGAAGAAUCCAUUGGUAAAAUGUCUGAGAAGCUGCGCAAGACAAUGGAGGAGAACCGCAUAGUGAGGAGGAGAACUAAAAUGCAACAUGAAGAGACCAAAGAAGAGAUGUAUAUGCAAGAACAAUUCUUCAAGGACCAGAUCAAAAUCAUUCAUGAUUCAAGGGAUGAAAAGGAAGAAGAUUUUGAGAGGAUGCAACAGGAGGAACGUGAGAAGGUGAAGCAGUCAAGCACUACUGGUCAUGCAAAUACUGAGGAAUAUAGACUCAAGGUUGAAGAGUAUCUGAAAUUUGUUGAGGUUCAAGAUAAAGAAAUGGAGAACUUUGUUGCCGAAAAGGAGAAACUGUUGCAUGCCCAUCAAGUGGGUUAUGCUGCUAUGAAGAGGAGGCAUUGGGAGGAAGAGGUGCAGCAUGAGCAGAAGUUUGAUGAGGAACUUUCCAAGCUCAUGGAAAAGUACUCCCCUUCCUAGACUAAGUCCAAUGGUACCUAAUGUUGGGGUCUUUGCUUUGACUCAUACAAACAUAUAAACACAGCCUAACCAGUAGACAAAAUAGAGUGCUCAGACAUUUUACUACAUAUUCAGUAUGUCUUUUAAUUUUCUUUGGUACUUAUCCUCAUUUGUGUUCAUGCCUGGAGACACAAACCAGGUUCAAAUUUUAAAUUGGUGGUGUUUUGGCAAAUUGGAAGUUAUAUUUCAUGCAUUUGAUUUACUUUCUUAUCAAA